AUGAGUAGUUUGGAAGGACCCAUGACUUUCACUAGGAAUGUCAUGAGUGGAAUGGAAAAGCUUUUCAACUUUGUGAAGUGCUUCAAAGAAACUGCCAACUAUGUAGGGUCAGUUAGGCAUAUAAAUAAGCUGCUCGAGACCAUCCCCUUAUUCCACAUAUUCACACAACACAAGUCUUUCUCUCAAUCAAACACUGCAAUGGCCAAGGUUUACCCUCAGUUACCCGCAUCUCCUCAGACUCAGUGUCUCACAUCCAAAAGAGAAACAUACACUCUAUGGUUGAAAUCACUUGUCUUCCACUCCAAUGGAUGCACUGUCUAUGACUCAAAUGGUGGCAUCGUUUAUAGAGUUGACAACUAUGACAGAAAGGGUAGAAGAGAAGUUAACCUCAUGGAUCUACGAGGCAAAGUUCUCUGCACCAUAAAGAAGAGAUUACUAGCUCUUGGAUGCUGGGAAGGCCACAGAUGCGUCAGUUCCGAUUAUGGUACCCGGGAACAACCAUGGUUUCAAGUAAAAAGAUGCAAUCAAAUGAUCAAAGGUAAAGUAGCUUGCCAAAUUUCUGUGGGGUGCCAAAAGUACAGCAUAGUAAGAAUCAGUGGCAAAGCAGAAGCAUUUAGGAUCGUGAACAUUGAUGGAGAAAUAGUUGCCGAGGCAAAGCAAAAACACUCACCCUCAGGUGUUGUACUGAGUAACGAUGUUCUAACGUUGGAUUUGGCUGCUGGCACGGAUCAUUCUCUCAUAAUGGCUUUGAUCACAGUAUAUGGAUUGAUAUGCGGUAUAAUGUGA